CAUGACAGGUUCCAAUCUUCUUGUUAUAAUACAUAAUACUGCACCAAUUUAAAUUCGGCUUUUAAUCGUACUUCGGUGUACGGUUAUAGUGGAUUUAGUGCCUUUAUGUUAAGCAGGAGAAAAAGUGACUUGCUAGUGAUCAAGUUAUUUAUUCAGACUCUGCACUUAAAUCAGAGAAAAGACUCGAGCUACCUAACGGUGUAUUCUCGAAGUUAUUGGAAAAUAUACAGGCACAAGACAGCGGUGACAGCGUACGGAGAAAAGACUUGGAUUAGAACGGGCACGAGUUUGAGCGCCGACAUGGAUUACAAGGUUAUCACCAGUUCAGAGGACAUAGCCAAGCUUUACCGGGAGCAGAGUCUUCUUCCGUCUCUUAGCCGUGCUGACGUAGGGCCUGUUAUUGAGUCUCAAUAUGGGGGAAAGUACAGCAACAUCUCCACAGAGUGGAUUCAGCGGGAUCUUGAGAGGAAUGAAAUUGUUAAAUUUUGCAGACAGUACAUUGCUUUUCAUGACGACAAGUCAAUAGUGUACUCUGGUCCCUCUGGCAACUGCACAGAGAUCAAGGGAGAGCUGCUGUGUCAUGACUCUCCGUCUGGUGAGAUGAAGGCUGUAGUGAGGGAGUGCACCAUCAAAGGAGAGGAGAAACAGUUUCUUGAGAUCUGGCAUAGGAACAGUAAGAUAAAAAGCCUUAACCUGACUGCACUGAAAAAGCAUGAAAAGGUCUACGGAGAUGAUCAGUUUGGCUGCCUGGUUUGGUCUCACUCUGAGACCCAUCUUCUGUAUGUAGCAGAGAAGAAACGACCCAAGACUGAGUCCUACUUUCAGUCAGAGUCUGAAUCCAGUUUGAUUGGUGACGAGGAGGAGACAUUAAGGACCAACAAAAAGGAGGACUCUGUCAAGGGUGAUCAGUUUGUGUACUAUGAGGACUGGGGUGAAGAUCUGGUCAGUAAAAGCACCCCUGUUCUCUGUGUUUUGGACAUUGAAAGCAGCAAUGUUUCUGUCCUAGAGGGGGUACCGGACAACAUCUCGCCUGGACAAGCAUUCUGGGCACCUAAUGACACAGGUGUAGUGUUCGUGGGGUGGUGGCACGAGCCAUUUCGGCUGGGCCUGAAAUACUGCCCCAAUAGAAGGUCUUCUCUCUUUUAUGUGGAUCUAACGGGAGGAAAAUGUGAACAGUUGUCGCCCGAGUCUGUCGCCGUUUCCUCUCCUCGUCUGAGUCCAGAUCUCUGCCGCAUUGUCUAUCUUGAGUGUGGAGUCUACGGCCCACACCAGCAAUGCAGCAAACUGUGCAUGUAUGACUGGUACACCAAGAAGACGUCAGUGGUUGUAGACAUAGUGAAGAGAGAGAAAGAAGAUGGCUUUACUGGCAUAUAUAGCUCAGUGCUGCCUCGUCAGUGCUGGUCAGCUGACAGCCAGAGAAUUCUCGUUUCCUGUCCUCAGAAGAGCCGCAAGGACCUUCUAUUAAUUGAUACUUCAACAGGGCAAGUCACAAAUCUCACCUCCAAGUCAGACAUGGGAAGUUGGUGCCUACUAACUAUUCAUAAGGAUUUGCUGGUGGUCAGCUGCUCAUCCCCCAACUGUCCUCCAAGCCUGAGAGUGGGCUUUCUGCCAGCUAGGGGUAUAGAGGAAGAAGUGGCAUGGGUGACCCUAGAGGACGCUCAAACACAGCCUGAAAUUGACUGGCAAAUUCUUAGUUUUAGCCCACCUGCUGAAGAAGACAACAGUCAAUAUCCUGGUCUGGACUUUGAUGCCAUACUGCUGAAACCAAAGGAUGUGAAAGAGGGGACAAAGCUACCACUCAUUGUUAACCCACAUGGUGGACCUCACUCAGUGAUGGUAACUGAGUGGCUCUUGUCCACAGCAGUUUUGUGCAAGAUGGGUUUUGGUGUCUUACAAGUUAAUUAUAGAGGUUCUCUAGGCUUUGGUCAGGACAGCAUCCUGUCCCUGCCAGGAAAUGUUGGCACCCAAGAUGUCAAGGAUGUACAGUUUGCUGUUGAAAGUGUUUUAAAGCAAGGUGACUUCGACAGAGAGAAGGUUGUGGUUACUGGGGGCUCUCAUGGUGGAUUCCUGGCUUGUCAUCUGAUUGGUCAAUACCCAGAUUUCUACAAGGCAUGUGUGGCUAGGAAUCCAGUCAUCAACCUGGCAUCCAUGAUCGGCAGUACUGACAUUACUGACUGGUGCAUGGUAGAAGCUGGAUUUGAUUAUAACACUGAUAUCAUGAUUAGCCCAGCCAUGCUGGACCAAAUGUUAAACAAGUCGCCCAUCAAGCAUGUCACAAAGGUGAAGACUCCUGUGCUGCUCACCCUGGGAGAGGAUGAUAAGCGUGUGCCUAAUAAACAGGGCAUUGAGUAUUACAGAGCUCUAAAGGCCUUACAGGUACCAGUAAGGUUGUUAUGGUACCCAGGAAACAAUCAUUCUUUGUCCAAAGUCGAUGCAGAAUCAGAUGGAUUUAUGAACCUGGCACUGUGGAUCAUCCAGCAUAUCUUUCCUUAAUCACCACAGACAUACUGAAAUUACAUAUUUAAAUUUUGCGCUGAAAAGGUUGAAUGAUUGGAAUUGACAUGCUAACAUUGUGAGUGAUAGCAAUGAAACUUAAGUUUUGAAUGGCAGAGUCGUGCCCACAUUUAACACUAGGCAUUACUUAGAAUACUGCAUCAAGACUAGUAAAUGAGCACAAAAUCUGAACACUUUUUGUAGGGAUCUACUGUUCAAUAACGGUCAUCAAUGUGAUAUACCAAUCGUGUAAGUGACUUUAUUCUCUGCAGUUAUAACCCAAAAAUGUCACUGAUAUGGCAUUAAUGUUUGGAUGUACAGCACUUACAUUUGGUAAUUUCUUUGAUUUCUGUUUUGUAUUCCUUUUCAAAAUAAAAUUUUAAAAAAUUAAA